AUGGCAGUUCUGGAUUUAUUUAUUGUGGCGUUGAUUCCAGUACUCAAGACGCUUCUGAUCACUGCUCUCGGCCUACUUCUCGCCAUAGACCGCGUUAAUAUCUUGGGCGACGCCGCUCGUCACCAUCUCAACAACGUUGUGUUCUAUGUCUUCAUUCCAGCACUUGUGGGUGGUAGCCUCGCUGAUACAGUCACAGCCAGCAGCAUAGUAUCUCUAUGGUUCAUGCCAGUUAAUAUUCUUCUCACAUUCAUAAUUGGAUCAGCACUUGGAUGGGUGCUGGUUAAAAUCACUAGGACCCCGCAACACUUGCAUGGUCUUGUAAUUGGUUCAUGUUCUGCUGGAAACCUUGGGAACUUGCUUCUGAUCAUCAUACCUGCUGUUUGUGAAGAAAGUAACAGUCCAUUCGGGGAUAAACAAACUUGCUCGACUAACGGGAAAGCUUUAGUUUCACUCUCUAUGGCUAUUGGUUCAGUUUAUAUAUGGUCAUAUGUUUACAAUAUUAUACGUGCGUCAUAUGGAAACGGGAGUGGGAAAGACAUCGGAAAGGCGUCCACUAUCAUCGUUGAUUGUAGUGGUAAAACUUUAGAUAUGUUUAUGGAAAGUUAUAAUGAGGCGUUACUACACUCUGGUGGCUCGAAUUUUGAUGAUUGUGAAGCUCCUGAUGAGGAAUCUACAGAAGUGGAGGAACAGAACUCCGUAUAUGAAGAUGAUGAAGGGAGAAAGGUGACUGUGUUAACAAAGAUUAAGAAGCACUUCGAUGUGUUUAUAGAUAAAAUCAACCUGAAGAUGUGGUUAACACCGUCCACCAUUUCCACCAUCGUUGGGCUUCUGAUAGGGGUGAUAUCUCCGAUUAGAAAGCUAAUGGUCGGAGAUAAUGCUCCUCUUCGAGUCAUCGACAGUUCAGCAUCUCUCCUUGGUCAGGCAACAGUUCCAGCCAUGACAUUGAUCGUGGGAGCUAAUCUUUUUAAGGGUUUGAAGAAAUCAGGCAUAGGGUUGUGGCUCAUUAUAGGAAUUCUAGUGGUUCGUUAUGUAGUUUUGCCACUCGUGGGCAUUGGCAUCGUAAAAGCAGCACACCAUGUUGGAUUUGUGGGAUCUGAUUCGCUAUAUCAGUUUGUUCUUUUGAUGCAAUAUUCACUUCCACCAGCUAUGGCUAUCAGUACGAUAACACACUUGUUUGAGGUUGGGGAGAGCGAGUGUUCUAUUAUCAUGCUAUGGACUUACGUUGUGGCCACGUUCGCUCUCACGUGGUGGUCAGCCUUUUACAUGUGGCUCGUCUCUUGA